AUGUCUAAACCGGAGGCGGUGGCGGCAGAUGUAGUGCCUGAGCUGGGAGCGGCGGCGGCCGGGAGACGGGGUGGCGAGGAGAAGCCAGUGGCUGCCAUCUCCGCUGCCCUCGCCGCCGCCGCCGCCGCCGCCCUCCAAUCGCCUUCCGCGGCUUUGCCUCCGAGCGACGGCCGCCAACAGACUUCAUUUGGCUUUAUACCGGUCGAUGCCCAAGGUGAUCGGCUCCGUCCUGUGGGACGUGGGGUUCCCCUGCGUCACCUCCGCCUUCUGCCUCAUCCAGCUGGCCUUUCUGCAGCUCACCCAGAUAGAGAUGGAAGGAACAAGCCCUAUCUUGUAACAGACCUGAAUGACACAGACUUGGAACAGUUGCGUAGAGGAAACACAGACUUGGGACUCCGAGAACACACAGCCACCGGGCUUUGA